UAUUACACCUCUCAAUUUCCUCUUUCGUCUCUCUCUCUCUCUCUCUCUCUCUCUCCUCUCCCGAUUUUUCUCCGAAAAAUUUUAGACCAAACAAUAAAAAAAAACAACGAUAAAAAACUUCAGAAUUUGAUAAACCCUCGGGAUCGCAGCUUCUAAUCAAGGCACAUUGAUGAAAUAGAAGAGAACAAUUUGAAUUGAUUGGUAGGUACGAAGGAUAGGAGAAUUUGUAAAGGAUGGCUUGCAGAGGAUGCUUGGAAUGCCUGUUGAAGCUUUUGAACUUCUUGAUGACCCUUUCGGGUUUGGCUAUGGUGGGUUAUGGAAUCUACUUGCUAGUUGAGUACAAAAGGUCUACUGAUGACACCCAAAUGCUAUCACCUGUUGGAGGCGAUAAUAGUUUGAUACAAUUUGGCAGACCAUUGCUGGCUGUGUCGCUCUCCGCUAACAUUUUUGAUAACUUGCCCAUAGCUUGGUUCAUUUACUUAUUUAUUGGAAUUGGGGCAAUUCUCUUUGUCAUCUCCUGUUUUGGCUGUGUUGGAGCUGUAACUCGGAAUGGCUGCUGCUUGAGUUGUUAUUCAGUCUUGGUGGUUCUAUUGAUCUUGGCAGAGCUUGGAUGUGCAGGCUUCAUUUUCUUUGACAAAAGCUGGGAAGAAGAAAUCCCAACUGACAAAACUGGAGACUUCGACAAAAUAUAUGCUUUUCUGAAAGAGAAUUGGAAAAUUGCCAGAUGGGUUGCUCUUGGGGCUGUUGUUUUUGAGGCUGUGCUUUUCAUGUUAGCCCUUAUCGUGAGGGCAGCAAACAGGCCAGUUGAGUAUGACAGUGAUGAUGAACUCAUUGCCCCAAGGCAACAAAUCCGACAACCGUUGAUCGGUAGACCACCAGUUCCAGUGACAGGGGUACCUGUUUCUGGUAACCUCGAUCAGCGUCCAAGCAGAAAUGAUGCUUGGAGUACUCGCAUGAGGGAAAAGUAUGGGCUUGAUACUACUGAGUUUACAUACAAUCCAAAUGACUCAAGUAGAUUCCAGCAAGCUACCAAUCAACCAACAGAAGAAAGGAGUCGCUGUGCCAUCAUGUGAGAGCUUUAGAUUUCAACCAAAAGUCGGAUCAAUGCGACCAUGGUGUGUAACCUCAAGCUUCUCAGAAUUCCCAGAAUUCCCUUCAUCGAGUUUGUGUAGAACAGAAAACUCUCGAGUCUUUUUAAUGUAUCGGUGUGUAUAAUUGUGUUGUUACUUUGCUGGAGUCAGUUUGAGUAUAGUUUGUUAUUCAAGUGGAUUCCACUUUGAGCAUAGUUUUAUUGACCGAGCUAUAAAAUAUCAGGUGCAUUUAUGAGACAUAAAACCGAUUUGAGAACGUGUUUAAUUGAACAUCAUUUGUUUUU